GGGCACCCUGCUUUUACUAAUCUUUUCGCACAAAGUUUAGAUAAAUAGCGUGCCGGGAAGUUGAGGAAGAGACAUCAGAAAAUGGUUCGAACAGCAUCGGCGGUGGCCGCAAAGCUGAAUCUGAAGCCACAUCCAGAAGGUGGGUUUUUCUCGGAGACAUUUAGAGACACUUCCAUCACCCUCUCCACUUCUCAACUUCCCCCUGAAUAUAAGGUCGAUCGCGCAAUCAGUACAGCCAUAUACUUCUUACUUCCAUCCGGGAGUGUCUCACGCCUCCAUCGUAUUCCAAGUGCAGAAACAUGGCAUUUCUAUUUGGGCGAACCUCUUACGGUUCUGGAAAUCGAUGAGAAAGAUGGGAGUGCCAAAUUAACGUGCAUUGGACAAGAUAUCGGAGAAAACCAACAGCUGCAAUACACGGUGCCACCGAAUGUGUGGUUUGGAGCGUUCCCUACAAAAGAUUACACCAUAUCUAAAGAAAAUGGAGUCGUGAAAAAUGCAGCCAGGGAUGGAGAGGAACACUUUUCGCUUGUGGGAUGCACGGUUGCACCUGCUUUCCAGUUUGAGGACUUUGUGCUGGCUAAACGGUCUGAACUCGUUGCACGUUUUCCUGCUCAUGAAUCGCUCAUUUCCAUCAUCACGUUUGCGGAUUAGAACGUACGGCUUUCGUGUACUUUUGACAUGAUAGUGGCUGAACUUGUUGCCCAUGGAUUCAACUGAGAUUUAUGUUUAAAGUUUCUACUUUCUUUGGAAGUUUUAAGAAAUAUCUUGUAUUAUGAAUAAUAAUUGCUCAAAAAAUAGCCUCAGACGUAUAGCUCGGUUGGCAAAGCAGUAAAUUGUUGGAUCCAUCUUUUUUGUCUUGGAAACCGAAGAUUCUGUUUUUGGU